CAACGCUGCCUGUUGAUGCUGCACAAAUAAACGUCAUUCACCACCAUCUUUGGAAUUUAGAGACAAGAUGGCGGACCUACCUCCGCCGGUUCAAGGGCCAACUGCGAAAGAGAAGAAGUACGACCGCCAGCUGCGCUUAUGGGGAGCUACCGGCCAGCGGGCACUCGAGAACUCGCACAUUCUGCUCAUCAACAGCGGACCCGGUGUUGUCGGUAUCGAGACGCUGAAGAACCUCGUCCUGCCUGGUAUCGGCCAGUUCACGAUCCAGGACUCGGCCGUCGUCACGGAAGCGGACCUGGGCGUCAACUUCUUCUUGGAAGAAGAGCAUCUUGGUGGCUUCCGUGCCGAGCACACAACCCGCCUACUCAAAGAGCUGAACCCUGACGUCGAGGGCCACCAUGUUACUGAACCCAUCGAAUCGUGGCUAGUCAACCCGGACGCGUUGCAAGCAUACACGCUCAUUGUUGCAAUCGCCCCGCUGCGUCCUGAGCUACUCGAAAAGCUAUCCGCACACGCCAGCGCUGCGCUGAUACCGCUCUUCUACGUCCACUCGGUCGGCUUCUACUCGCACUUCUCGGUCCAUCUGCCGCCGGCCUUCCCCGUCGUCGACACACACCCUGGCCCUGAGAGCACUACAGAUCUGCGCCUGUUGAAGCCAUGGCCCGAGCUGGCGCAGUACGCGCAAGAGAAGACGUCCGACCUCGAGAGCAUGAGCCCUGACGACCACGGGCACGUACCGUACCUGGCGAUACUGCUGCACUCCCUCGACGAGUGGAAGAAGACACAUAACGGGGAGGCGCCGCAGAAUUACAAGGAGAAGACAGAGUUUAGGACAACUGUGUCAAAGGCCGCGAGGACCAACAACCCCGAGGGUGGGGAGGAGAACUUCGACGAAGCUGUAGCUGCCGUGCUCAAGUCGCUCAAUUCACCAGAGGUCAGCAGCGCAGUCAAGGAAAUCUUCACUGCCCCAGAGUGUCUCCUUAUCCGAGAAGACUCGCCUACCUUCUGGGUCAUCGCCAAUGCCAUUGGGCUAUUCUACACCAAGUACGGCGUACUCCCAGUGCCAGGCUCUGUACCGGACAUGAAGGCUCGCUCAAAGGACUACAUCCAGCUCCAGAACGUCUACAAGUCGAAGGCGCGCAAGGAUCUUGCAGAAGUGCUUGAAAGCGUACGCUUCCUGGAGAGGAAUGCCAACCGAAGCACACCUAUCGACGAGAAGGAUGUUGAGGCAUUCUGCAAGAACGCCGCGCACAUCAAGCUGGUGCGUGGGCGGCCGUUCCAUGUGGUGCAGGCUGGCCAGAAAGUCAAGUGGGGCGACAGGGCGCGGUCGCUUGCACAGGAGCUCACCUUCCCUGACUCCCUGAUUCCUCUCUACAUCGCCUUCCUGGCGUGGGACGAGUUCGCCGCGACCCACGACAAGGACGCCUUGGGCAGUGCCCCUCAAGCACCCGGCGAGACAGACGUAGACACCGACGCCGAAAAGCUCACUGGCAUUGGUCAGACAAUCAUGGACGACCUGAUCAAGGAAGCCGGGACGCACGUCGAAGAUCCGGACUACUCGGCCAUCAAAACUCGGAUUGCCGAGUUGGCACAGGAGUUUGCUCGAGUAGGCGGCGCUGAGCUGCACAAUAUCGCUGCCCUCACUGGCGGCAUUGUGUCGCAGGAAAUCAUCAAGGCUAUCACGGAGCAGUACAUUCCCGUCGACAAUACGUGCGUCUUUGACGGGGUCAACAGCAAGACUGCGGUCUUCAAGGUCUGAACGUCCAAUGUCAGAGGUCCCUGCAGUCCUGUAUGAGGCAAUUCUAGUAAGCGGCUGUAGUUCAGAACAUAGACUCCGUCAAGUCGUGGUGAUGAGUGCGCCUUGUUCUAGAAGAGGCUAGGCGAGAUAGAUGUACAAAAUCGCAGGCCGGCCUCUACUGUAAUUAGGGAAGAAAGUAGCUGUACAAUGCAUCAUGCUACGUGAGUGUUACGAUGUUCGCGUGUGGUAACAGUUGCCUGUGCUGUUUCCGUACGGCAAGGUUGCCGUUUCCAUAGUAUCUGCAAAGCUCGAAUCAACUAGUUAGUCUAAGUAAUUACAUAGGUAAGUGGCAGCUC